ACUAGUGGUCAUAAAGUUCAAUUUUGUAUUAUUAUUAUUAUUAUUAUUAUUAUUAUUAUUAUUAUUAUUAUUAUUUUAAAGAUAUACAAUAUUCACGUUCCUGGGUGCAAGAUGCAUAUUAAAGAUACACUGAUGCACACUGAAUACAAUUGAUGUACAACUUCGUUUGUCCACUUUGUAAACACUAUGUCUAGAUUACGCAUUCAAACGUCACAUGUCACAAAUCGGGCUAUAAGGAUAAUCUGUAAAACUCUGUACUGUGAUAGUGUAGCCUAAAAUGAAUUUCAGGAGAUUAAUGACCUGGGAUCAGCACACUGGACAGCGCUCCUUGACUGUUCCCGCACUCAUAUUUUUCAUAACGCAAAAUGCACGCUGAUGGAAAGAGACGACGCGUCCACCGGACACCCACGAGCGCGUAAAGAACCGCCGUUAAGCACGAGCUAAAUCAUGGGUUUAUGGCACGCGCUGCUGCUUGAAUGCCUGCUUGCCUCGGUAGCCGUCGUUUCUCUCUCAUCCAACUCGCUCUUGCAGCAGUGUUUCUCCCGAAGUCCCGGACUUUUCAUCCUCAACCUGUCCAUGUGCAACAUCCUGUCCACCGUGCGCAAUGUGCCCUCAACGCGGCUCGAGCUCUCCAAGAACCAGAGACCUUUCGGGGACUCGCUUUGCCGUGUAGCGAGCUUUACGGACACUUUUUGGACUACAAACCCUAUGCUGAGCACGGCUGCCCUUGGUGUGGACCGGUGGGCGGCCGUUGCAUUUCCGCUUACCGACUCAAGCAGUAUGAGAUACAAGCACGCGGCCGUGACGCUGGCAUAUGCGUGGGUGCACUCUCUAGCGUUGUCCACGGUGCCCGCGCUUUUCUCGUGGACAGACGCGUGCACCUGCAGCGGAUGGAAACGGUUCGCCGUCUUCUCCAUGGUGUUUCACUGCGCGAGUCUCGCGCUCACGCUGCUCGUCCUCUGCGUCACUUUCAGCCAAAGCAACUCCAAAGGCGGAAUCAAAUCUAAUUACGCAUCUCUCGCUCUUAGGACUUAUACUGCCUUGAGGCCCUCUUUGGAAGUUCCUACUUGAUGAGUUUGAAGUCAUACCUAGAUCAAAUGUGCAGAAGUGGCUUCAGCCAGAAAUAAAAGAGCACCCUGAGAUUUUUUCCUUUUUGUUUACUUUUAUUUGGCUGGGUAUUUACGCUUGAUGAACUCAGCCUGGGUUUCUCAAACCAGCAGUAAAAAAACAAAACAAAAAGAAAGAAAGAAACAAACAAAAAACGCUGCUGUGAUCUAACCAAGCUACACUCACAUCAGCACCAGUUGUUAUUACUCUCACACAAAUGAUUCAGCACACAAAUGUUAUUGCCAGUGGCGGUGCUGUGGCUCUGAUAAAUUGUACAUUGUAUCAGAACCAUUGUAUAAUUAACUGUAUAAUCACAAAAUGCUCCUAUACAGUACAGUAUAUGUUAAAAUAGACAAUAUAGGAACAAUAACUCAUGCCAUUUAGAUUUCCUAUUUUUGCUUCCCUCAAGCAUUAUUUUGAGAUUUUUCACAUAAGAACCAUUUUCUAUAGAAACAGAUUUGAUGUUCUGAUCAUUAUGCUGCUUGUAACUAUGUGGUUUAUGAUGUGAACUUUUUAACCCAACAUAGUUAAACAAAGCUGCUUAAUGGAGCAGAAAAGAAGGAGACGGAGGGCUACCCAGAAAGUCUGCAUAUUUAUUGGCUCUUUUGUGUUCUGCUUCAUUCCCUA